CCUAUAGAGUUCAUAGUAGUAGAAUAGAAGAGGAGAACGGGAAAGGGAGAAAUAAUUGAAAACAAGAAAAAUGUCUUUGGUAUUAAAAAACAAAUAUUGGAUUCUGAGGCAUGGCAAGAGCAUUCCCAACGAACGAGGCAUCGUUGUCUCCUCCAUGGAAAAUGGCACGCGUCCUGAAUUUCAAUUAGCCCCCGACGGAGUUAAUCAAGCACAAGUCGCUGGAAAUUCAUUUCAAAAGGAACUAGAGGCUAAUAAUAUACCUCUUACUAAUGUGCGCAUUUGUUACUCUCCUUUUUCAAGAACAAGUCACACUGCAAAAGUUGUUGCAACUCAAUUGAACAUUCCUUUUGAUGCCUCUCAGUGUAAGGUGAUCGAUGAUCUUCGAGAGCGCUAUUUCGGUCCUUCCUUUGAGCUUUUGUCUCAUGAUAAAUAUGCAGAGAUUUGGGAAUUAGAUGCGAAAGAUCCUUUUGCUGGGCCAGAAGGAGGAGAAAGUGUUAAGGAUGUUGCCGGAAGACUUGCAAGAACAAUAGCCGUUAUUGAAUCAGAAUUUGAAGGAUGUGCAAUUUUGGUUGUCAGCCACGGGGAUCCUCUGCAAAUCUUGCAAACAGUUCUGCACGCAGCUAAUAAACAUAAGGAACCGACUCCUGAUGACUUAGCUUCAAUAUUAGCGGCAGUUCAGGUGGCACCAAUCUUGUCCCAGCACCGCCAAUACGCACUGAAUACCGGAGAGCUCAGGAGAGUUGUUUGAAAUUUGAGGUCUAUAGCAUAAAUACAAUUAACUGUUUUGGUUGGAUUUAGAUCCCCUAUGCCAUUAUUUAAUUUAUGAUCAUAUCCAAAACUUUUUGAAGGAUUAUCCAAUAAUGUUUGUUUCUGAA